CAACAACAAGCUUAAAAACACCACCAUCACCCCCGAAACCAACACCAACACCAACGACUCUCUCUUUCUCUCUCUCUCGAAGCUCACAUCCAUGGCGACGUCUGCUUCCCCCUCCCCCACUUCCCCUCUCUCCUCUCUCUUCUUCUUCUGCUUUUGCUGCUUCUUCUUCUCCUCCUCCUUCGUCUCCGGGGCCUACGUGGCCUACAACACGUCGGCGUCGAUCUCCGCCGCGAAGCUCAACGUCCACCUCGUCCCCCACAGCCACGACGACGUGGGUUGGCUCAAAACCGUCGACCAAUACUACGUCGGCUCCAACAACUCCAUCCAAGGGGCUUGCGUUCAGAACGUGUUGGACUCGGUGAUCGAGGCGCUGGUAGCGGAUAAGAAUCGCAAGUUCAUCUACGUGGAGCAGGCUUUCUUCCAGAGGUGGUGGAGGCAGCAGAGCGAUGGGACGAAGGAGGUGGUCAGGGGAUUGAUCCAGUCGGGGCAGCUAGAAUUCAUAAAUGGUGGGAUGUGCAUGCACGAUGAAGCAGCUGUUCACUACGUCGACAUGAUCGACCAGACGACCCUCGGCCACCGAUUCAUCAAGCAGGAGUUUGAUCAGACUCCACGAAUUGGUUGGCAAAUUGAUCCUUUUGGGCAUUCAGCAGCUCAAGCUUACUUGCUUAGUGCAGAGGUUGGGUUUGAUGCCCUUUACUUUUCACGGAUUGAUUACCAAGACCGUGCAAAACGAAUUAAUGAAAAGAGGCUUGAGGUUAUAUGGAGGAGUUCCAAGACUCUUGGCUCAUCCGCGGAUGUAUUUACCGGUAUUUUCCCAAAGAACUAUGAACCUCCUCCAGGUGGUUUUUAUUUUGAGGUUAAUGAUAAUUCACCUGUUAUUCAGGAUGAUGCACUUCUAUUUGAUUACAAUGUUCAAGAACGUGUGAACGAUUUUGUUGCUGCAGCUCUCUCCCAGGCCAACAUCACCAGGACAAAUCACAUUAUGUUUACCAUGGGGACAGAUUUUAAAUAUCAGUAUGCAAACUCAUGGUUUAGACAAUUGGAUAAGUUCAUCCAUUAUGUUAACAAGGAUGGACGAGUUAAUGCCUUGUAUUCAACCCCUUCCAUUUACACUGAUGCGAAGCAUGCUGCAAAUGAAUCUUGGCCUCUCAAGACUGAUGACUUCUUUCCUUAUGCAGAUCAUGCAAAUGCAUAUUGGACUGGGUACUUCACAAGUCGACCUGCCUUGAAAGGCUAUGUAAGAGUAUUGAGUGGUUAUUAUCUUGCGGCACGGCAGUUGGAGUUUCUCACAUCAAGGAAUAAUUCAGGGCCCACAACAGACAGUUUGGCUGAUGCUCUAGCAGUUGCUCAGCAUCAUGAUGCGGUUACCGGAACAGAAAAACAACAUGUGGCAAAUGAUUAUUCAAAGAGGCUCUCAAUAGGGUACACAGAGGCUGAAAAGUUGGUUGGAUCUUCACUUUCUUGCUUGACAGAGUCUGUUUUGAAUUCACAGUGUUCAAACUCUGUAACAAAGUUUGAACAGUGCCCUCUUCUUAAUUUAAGUUAUUGUCCGCCAUCUGAGUCGAAUAUCUCUAAUGGAAAAAGCCUGGUUGUUCUUGUCUACAAUUCUCUCGGGUGGAAAAGGGAGGAUGUAAUUCGAAUACCAGUUGUUGACGAAUCUGUAGUUGUUCAUGAUCAUGAAGGAAAUGAAAUUGAAUCGCAGACUUUAGUAAUAUCUAACGCUUCUUUGAAACUCAGGAAUUCUUAUGUGCAAGCAUACAUGGGGAAAUCACCUAAUACUAUGCCUAAGUUUUGGCUUGCAUUUUCAGUAUCUGUUCCUCCUUUUGGCUUCACCACAUAUCUGGUUUCAACCAAAAAAGAAGCAGGCUCUGAUGUCGUGAAGUCCACUGGAUAUUCGUCUCAAGAAGAUCAAGAUAGUAGUGUUGUAGAGGUGGGAAAAGGAAAUUUGAAGCUUCAGUUUGAUACAGAUGAAGGUUCACAGUUUCAUUAUUUUAAUAGCAGAAAAUUGGUAAACACUUCUAUAAAACAAUCUUAUAUUUACUACUCUGGACAUGAUGGGUCAGGUAGUGAUCCCCAGGCUUCUGGAGCAUAUAUAUUCCGUCCAGAUGGUACAGUACCAAUAACUCCUCCAAGGGAGGUUCCUUUGACAGUUCUGCGAGGGCCCAUACUAGAUGAAGUACAUCAACAGAUAAAUCCAUGGAUAAACCAGGUUACCAGAGUUUACAAGAAAAAGGAACAUAUUGAAGUUGAAUUCAUAGUUGGCCCGGUACCAGUUGAUGAUGAAAUUGGGAAAGAAGUUGCCGUCCAAAUUACAACAACCAUGAUGACCAAUAAAACAUUCUACACUGAUUCAAAUGGGCGUGAUUUUCUUAAAAGGGUGCGGGACUACAGAUCAGAUUGGGAAUUGCAAGUGAACCAGCCUGUUGCUGGAAAUUAUUAUCCUAUUAAUCUUGGAAUUUACAUUCAAGCUAAUAGCACAGAACUGUCAGUACUGGUUGACCGACCUGUAGGGGGAUCCAGUGUAUUGGACGGUCAAGUUGAGUUGAUGCUCCAUAGGAGGUUGCUUUAUGAUGAUGGUCGAGGUGUUGCAGAAAGCCUUGAUGAAGAGGUCUGUGUCAAUGACCAAUGUGCCGGACUAGUGAUUCAAGGUAAGUUUUAUCUUCGAAUUGAUCCAUUGGGGGAGGGAGCUAAAUGGCGUCGGUCCACCGGACAGGAGAUAUAUUCUCCUCUUCUUCUAGCAUUUUCUGAAAAGGAUGCUGGAGUGAAUUGGGCAAAUUCCCACAGGCCAACAUUCUCAAUGGCAGAUCCCUCCUAUAGUUUGCCAGAUAAUGUGGCAUUAAUUACUCUCCAGGCACUAGAAGAUGGGAGUACUCUUCUUCGAUUGGCACACCUUUAUGAGGUUGGUGAGGACAAAGAUCUCUCCGUGAUGGCACGAGUGGACCUCGAGAAAUUAUUCAGUGGAAGAAAGAUCAGCAAAAUCACGGAAACGAACUUAAGUGCAAAUCAAGAGAGGGUUGAAAUGGAGAAGAAGAGACUAAAAUGGCAAGUUGAAGGCUCUACGAGGUCGGCAGGCCCAGUUAGGGGAGGGGCCGUUGAUGUUUCUGAGUUGGUGGUUGAGCUGGGUCCGAUGGAAAUCCGCACUUUUAUUAUAUAUUUUGACUAUAUGUUCCUCGCAUAAUCAUAUAUACUCUCUCUCUCUCUCUUUGAGAUGACAUAUGUUUAUUUCCCAGACUACAAAUCUUAAAGAUGUUUGUGUGUUUAUAUCUGCAUAAAAGGUUUAUGUUUUUCGUUUCACCUUCUAA